AUGAUUUCAUCGAGACCAAGGAGAAGUCAAACGUUACCUCCAGUGCUUAGGUCUCCAUUUGUUGUACGAGCUGUUGAGAUUGAUAGUAAUUUGACGAAGGAGGAGAAUAUCAAAUCGAAUUGGGUAUUCAGCUUAUGUGGAAAUCCAACGGACAAUCUUUUUCAUAGCAUAAAUGGUCAACGUGGGGAAAGAUACAUGUUCGAGAGCUUAUAUCCUGGAGAAUAUCUUUUUUCUGGGACUAUUGAUUGUUUUGUUGAAGUGUUCAACUAUGAUGAAAGAGCAAGGAAUUUGGACACUCCGGCAUGUUUCUUCUUCAAGACAGUAGUACUGUAUAUAACGUGGAAAACAAGAGGUAACAGUAAUGAUUGUGAGAUUUUUUUGAUGCGGCAUAUGGAAACUUAUAAGGGAGGCCCUUUAGCUCAAUGGACAUGUGGGUUUAAAAUGGAAAGUGCUGAGCAGAAUUAUCAACUUAGAAUGCUUCGAAGAAGAUAUUGUAUGAAAAUUCUAUUGAGUGAAGUGAAUAUAAUGAAACAUGAAGUUGAGCAACUUAUUGAUGAUUAUCAAAAGCUUUCUCCAAAUGAUAGGCGUGUAAUGUAUCAUGAAGGUAUUAUCAAUAUAGGAGCUCGGUUAGCUGCAUUUGGUCCAUGA